AUGAUUGAUUUAUUUUUCGGGGACUCCAAUUCCGCCAAUUCUAGCGAUUACGAGCAUUCGGAAGAUCAUACCCCUGUAUCUCCAAUUACUCCAAAUGAGGAAUUUUUCGUGUCAGCUGCAUUAAAACCUUCUGAUAUCCUCAAUGUUGAUGCCGAUUCAAGAGCAUUUCAUCCUUACAAAAUAGAUGAAGAUCUUUUUCGGCAAGGAAUGCUUCCCCUCGGGUCACAAUGGGUGGUCUGUGCCCGGCAAACAUUCAUAAAUGAGCCUUUUGAAAUUGAGGAUCCAGAAAGUCAAUUCGUGCUGAUCAGUACCGAUGUUGACGCCAAAUACUGCAAAUUCACAUUUUGCGUCAACUUGCUCGCUUACCGCAUGAUCGUCACACAGGGCGCUUGUCCUCGUAAAUUAAUCGCAUUGAAAACCAUGAAGGGAAUGCCACAAUAUAAGAAUCAAGACAGUGGCAGUAAACCAAUGGUGCGGAAACCCAAGGUUUUAUCAUCUGCUACCAAGUAUCCAUGUCGAUUAAAUAUAGCUGAGCUUUCCUGCCACUUGAAUUUGGAAAACUACCAUAUUCGCUUAACUAUGGAGCUCGAGGAAAAUAUUCUCCACAUUUUUGAAAAGCUUUGCAAUGUCAGCUUGGACCACCUGAGUUGGGUGCGUACAUUUAGUACGGCUGACAAGGAAGCAAAGAUUGCCACAUUGAUGAGAGCUUUACAACCAUGGUACCCUGAAUUUUCAAAAAAACAAUUGGAAAUCAUUAUCAAAAGAGGUAUGUACAGAGCAACCCAGGGAAGAUUACGCAGGGAAAGAAGACAUAGAUCACGGAGGAAAUAUUAUACUUCAUGCACCCCAGACCCUGGGGUUAAUACGGAGGUGGGUCCGGAAGAAAUGAUUCGACUCCUAAGCGUAUCUCGUUGCGAGCCAACCACACAUUAG